AUGCCGCGCAUGAAUCUUGGUCUUCCCUAUAACCAGUGCAGCUUGCCAUCUGGAUGUAUCACUGGUUUUCAGAGUGCCAGCCUGCUCCAGUGCGCUGGUUGCCAUGUCAUCAAGUACUGUGGCAAACCUCACCAAAAGGCAGACUGGCGUAGACACAAGGUCCAAUGUGUCGUUAUAAAGCAGCAAAGAGAAAAACUGGUAUCUGAAGAGACUAAACUACGCACCGAACCAGGCCAAGACACAGGUGGCGAAAAUCCUUUUGACACAAAGGUAGGCCAGUCCUGGUUUUGGAAGAGCACUCGCCCCUACAUGUCAGCUCGUUUUGACCUCAUGUCUGCCAUUCUCAAUGUCCGCACUGGAGAAGCCGUCCAAGCUGCCCUCAACCAUGCACUUGACAUGCUUCGCCUUUGCAGAGGAGACAACCAGGGCGUUCGGUCUCAUGUCCCUGCCCUCCACCUGCGGCUUGGUAAUGAUCAAGAGGCCUAUGACUUUAUCAAAUGGUAUGCGGUUGUGCCUGACGAAAAUUAUGAUUGGCGCGAUUCAAGUCUACCGUUUCUUGAUUUGCAUGACCAGGAUGCAUUCGAGCCUGUCUUUGAAAAGACUCACUAUCACAAUGUAUCUUUCACUGUAGCCUUGACACUCAUCAAGAUUCGCUUGAUGCAGGACUUGGACAGCCUUCAUGCCUUCGUGCUAAGGAACCCCGGCGCGUCUGGAGAAGCUAGGUACGACCAUCUACAGGAAGAGGCUAUGAGCAACAUACUCCUCCAACGACCAGACAUUGUCGCCCAAGAAAAGUACUUGGACCUCAUGACCCAGCUUCGAGCCCAAAUCAUGCAGCUGUACAAGCAGGUAAAGAAAGAUAAUCCGCAUUUCUGGCCGGGCAUGCUGAACCCAAACCUGUUUGCCUACGAUGUGCCGACGGGUUAUAUCCCUGGAUCUCGAGAAGAGGCUGUGCUGGUCUUUCGCCAUUCGUGGUACUCGUGGUCGGAAACUCAACCUGCUAUACAGUACAUCAGAGGUAUUAUAAGCAACGAUAUGUAA